AUGGGAAAGGCUUUUUCUCGAGUGAAAACUCCUUUUAAGAAUUUCGAUUUGGAGAACAGGGCUCACAAAAUCAUUUCGCGGGACAAGCCUACACCUGCUCCUCGUUAUGAAAAGGAUCAAAACGAAUAUGAACGAGUGAUGAAAGAAUAUCCUAAAGUGUACGAAGAAAGUUUGCAAAAGAAUCUAUCCCUCGAUAAGCGAUUAAAGCAGGUUUUCGUUGUUUCGGAGGAUGCCGAUACAAUGAAUAUAAAACAGUCUAAUCCAAAUAGGCCUCUUCCAACUGAUAGGAGACAAGUACAAUCUUUCCUAUACGGUGUUAAAGUGCCCGAUAAGAUUCCUUUAGGUAAAGCAACUUUAGGAAGUGUAUUAGAAUUUUUGAGUCUCCACCAAGGGAAUCCUGUAAAGUACAAUGCGAAAAACAUAUCUGAAAAAUACAAUUUAGCCGAGGACACUGUCAGUAAUAUACUCAAGUAUUUUAAAGUAUUUCAAGUGUAUAUUCCUGUGGAAAGAAAUCCAAAAGCAAAAUUCGCUGGUCCUAGUAUACCUCAAAUAAAAGUUAUUAAACCAAUUAUAAAGGAAUUGCCAUCUGAUAGUUCGAAAGAUAAAUCGUAA